AUGUCAAGCUCACCAUCAUGCUUAUCUUUUAUUUUAUGCAAGCGUAACAAGAAGAAUCCUAGCAAGUCAUAUACUGGAUCGAAUUUGAACAUUUCGUCUUUUCAAGAAUUCAUAUCCCAAAAGACAAAUUCUUCGACUCAAACUCCUUUAUCUAACGAUAUUGGGCUCAAACGAGGGUCCUCGCUGACUUAUAUAGCUGCAGCUGUAUCAAUCAACCAUAAGUCAUCAAUUGUUGUAAAAAAGGCAGAUAAAUUUUUCCCUCAGCAUCAAGCUUCCGAAAAGCUUGAAACUGCUGAGUCUGACUGAUCUAUGUCGUCUUUUCGAAACAAAAUAAGCACUGGUGAAGCACCUCCUGAUUCAUUUUUAUCAAGCCGGUCUUUUUCGAGCAUUUUUAAUUCGAAAAAAGAAGGGAUUUCUUGGAAUAAAAAUUGUAGCCAAGCAAAUUCAUCAAACAUUUUGGCCAAUCCUUUUGUUUCAAACUCUACUCAAAAUAGGCCUAGAAUAAUUGCUAUAACUCCUGCUACUUGCCUAAGAAAAAGACUAUUUCCAAGCAUGCUUAGAAAUAAUCAACGAAAGAAUGAUAAUAUAAUUGCGGGCUCACAAAGGCCAGAUGAGACUAUUGCAGAGCAUCAGCAAGAAAGUAAAGUAACUACAAAAAUCUUUAGUAAUAAAAUAGGCUUGCCUAUUAUUGAUCCAAUUAUGGAUAAUUUUGAAGGAGAAAGCAGUAAUAGCUUGGUAAAUCUAUAA